UUGAGAGUUGGUUCACUAUGACUGAACAAUUCCGAACAGUAUUCGUCAAUAUAUCGUCAAAUUUGAACUCAUUGUCAUCGUUACAGCCUAAAUCGCACUCUGAAAUAGUAUAUUUUGCGAUCAUUCACACUGCAUUUUUCACUGAUCCGUUCAGUCGGAGUGAACCAAUUUUAUUUUUAUGCAGUCGGGCACAGCGUGUGUUGGUGAUGGCUAGCUCAUAGUUGCGCUGUGGGAGGGGUACUCGUGGUUUGUGGGGUCGUGUGCAAAUUAUGUGUGCUGCUAGAUGCUGUCGCUUCAGUUCGUUCGGUGUGGAACUGAACACAUAUAAAAGGACGAAAUCGCAUUAAGAAGUUAUUCGUGAUUUAACCUUGCAGUGAAAGUUAAAGUGAAAGUGCAGUUCCUGAACCGUGGUGGUUGUAGAGUCUAGCCAGUUUGUGUUCGGUCGAGUUCGGCCAGUUCCCAGCGAGUUACCCAACCUUGGGGGUAAUCGUGUGCAGUUCCGCUUUUCGACAGUUAGCUGAAGACGUCAGCAGUAUUCAAAAUUUUUGAUUAAAGGCAUACUCUAAAAUGGCUUCGCAAAAAACCGCCUUCAAAAAAAACAGAUCAAGAGUGUCUCUUUCUUUGGAAAUGAAGCUCAAUAUUUUGGAUGCCCUUCAAGAUGGGAAAUCUGUUGCAAACGUCGGCAGGAAUUUAAAAAUCAACGAAUCGACUGUGCGUACAAUUAAAAAGAAUCAAGAUAGCAUCAGACAGACAGCAGCUCAGGGCACUAUCUAUGCAACAAAAUCCUCAUCAUAUACACGAGAUCCAUUGAUGGUCAAGAUGGAAAAGGCACUUCAUAUGUGGAUCGAAGAUCACGCGCAGAAGAAAAUACCCUUGGAUCAGGAAUUAAUAAGGGAGAAAGCUUUGAGCCUUUACCUUUGGUUAGAGAAGAAUGAGCCGUCUUCAAGUAAAAAGAAAGACUUUACCGCGAGUAAGGGAUGGUUUUAUAACUUUAUACGUAGUAAUUCCAUUCGCAACGUUAAAAUCAAGGGUGAAUCCGCAUCGGCCGAUGUUUCGGCUGCAAAUAGUUUUCCUCCAAAGCUCGCUAAGAUCAUAAAAGAAGGUGCGUAUCAUGGUGACCAAGUGUUCAAUGGAGAUGAAACGGGUCUUUUUUGGAAAAGAAUGCCGUCUCGUACCUACAUUACGCAGCAGGAGCAAUAUGCCAGUGGUUUCAAAGCGGCCAAAGACAGGGUUACCCUGUUAUUUUGCAGUAAUGCUUCAGGCGACCUUAUGUUGAAACCGCUAUUGAUCAAUCGUGCUAUGACGCCCCGCUCGUUGAAGGGGGCUGAUUUCAACAAACUGCCAGUGCACUGGAAAGCUAACACUAAAGCGUGGGUCACAAAAGCCGUUUUUGAGGAAUGGUUUUACGAUAUGUUUAUUCCGGAAGUGAAAACAUACUUGGAAGGAAAAGGUUUGGAGUUCCACGUGCUUUUGAUUUUGGAUAACGCUCCAGGACACCUAGUUAUCAAGCACCCAAACGUUCAAGUUGUGUUUCUUCCACCGAAUACAACUUCUUUGUUACAGCCUCAAGAUCAAGGAAUAAUUGCUGCUUUCAAGAAGUUGUACAUUAAACAAUGUCUUCGGUACAUCCUCGAAAAGCUUGAAAGCGAUGAAACGAUGACGGUAAUUCAAGCGUGGAAAGAAUUUAAGAUAAGAGACGCUCUGACGUUCAUAGGAAAGGCUCUGUCUUCUAUGAAAUCUAAAACAUUGAAUUCGUGCUGGAAGCCACUAUGGCCAGAAUGCGUGAAAGCUGGUUCAACAGACCCUUCAAAUGUGGAAGAAUCAGAAAUUCUCAUUCUGGCACAUGCAAUUGGAGGGAAAGGAUUCAAAGAUAUGGAUAGUAGAGACGUUGAAGAGCUUCUUGAAGACACCGAAAUUGAAGAUGAUGAACUGAUGCAGAGUUUAGUCACAUCGGAGCCUUUAGAGGACGAUGAAGACCGGGAUAUCAAGCCAUGUGAUAUCGAAGACGGGAAUAAAUUAGCGGAUACCCUCGUAAAACAUUUUAUGGAAAAGGAUCCUUGUGUUGAGAGAGCCGUUUCAUUUCGGAAUGAUUUGAAACUGUGUAUGCUUCGCUACAAUAGAUUGAACGAAAAAACACAGCCAACAGUUAUCGAUGAAGAUGACGAGGAUUUCAGCUUACCAUUGGAACGCAGACGAUCUCGUCCGAUUUCUUCGGAUGAGGAAGAUAUCGCCACAUCAUCUAACCGCAAACAUCCACGUGUUGCUAAUGAUAGUGAUUAGAUCAAUAAAAGAAAUUCUUUUUUCCACUUGACUACAAUAAAAUUGAUUUAUGAAUACAUUGGUAAAAAUAUCAUGGUAAAAAACUAAAAAUAUGUUUAAUUAAAUUUGUCUAAAUUCCGAAAACAUUUGUUUGUAUUGUAAUUUUUUCAAAUUGCAAAAAUGCAAUUUGAAAAAAUUACUUUCGAACUACUGGACCGCUUCACAUGAUCGAUAUAUCAAAUUAAAGCCAAUUAGCUAGUCUUUCUUGAAAAAAUGUUAUACUAGCAAAACAGUUGGAUUUUGUUUUCGUAAUUAUUGAUUGUAUUUGUUUGCUUAUAGUUUACAUGAUCCAAGGACGCUAUAUUUUUUUAUGUUUCUUGAAAGUUCUGGUUUUUCCACACAAGAUAAUCGAAAAUCAGAAAUGUGAUUUUUAUCGUUUUCGAGUUAUGAGUUUGCCGAUGGUCCGAAAAAUCAGAUUUUUCUCUUUUUCUAUAAAUAACUUUUUUCUAGAAAGAAGAAGCUUUCAAGAAAAAAAUAUUUAAAAUAUAGUGCCCUUGGUCACGCAACCAUAUAAACUAUAAAAAACAAGUACAAUCAAUAGUUACGAAAACUUGGCAAAAUUGGUUGUACUGUUCGAAAAAUGAGAAAAAAUGUUACUCUAUGUUUCUAUAUUUUGUAUUUUAUAUGAAACAUCUAAAUUGGUAAAUUUUAUCAACAAUUAGAGCGACAAAAACUCUAAAGUUUUUAAUUUGUUAUUAAUUUUAUCAAAAAAAAAAAAUGCAUAAUAAACUUGAUUGUUUCUUGAAAUUUAAUUGAAGCUUUCUGAACGCUCUAUAAUUUGUUCUUCGACAUCUAGCUCCUAUAUUUUCUUAUUCCGCAGCAAUAUCAUUUUAAACAAUUCCUGGUGAGUCUUCAAUUAGAAUUUCCUAAUUACCACGGUUUUUACUCCAUUGUACUUAUAAUAUCCAAUAAACUUUCACCUUAACUUUGAAAUAUUACUUUUUUUCUUUCUUGAAAAAAGGCUAUUUGAGAUAUAAGACUUUUUUUUCAAACUGAGUGUAUUAUAGUCCAAAAUUGUAUAUAAUCGAACCAUAGAUAAUCGUGUCAGUAUAUAAUC